UUAUAUUUAUGUGGUACUAUUCUCUCUCUCUAUUUUUGUCAAAUAUUUAGUCAUAGAUAAUAUUCAGAGUUUCUCCGGUUGUUUUCUUAUCAGUGAGCUAACUCAGCUAGCUAGUGGCUCAUUAAUAUUAGUGUUUGCUAACUCCAAAGUAAGACGACAUUUACCUGAAGAUGUCCUCCACUGGCGGUACAGAGGGUGUUUUGCAGCAGGUCAACCAGUUCUGGUCCAUGCUGGACGACCUGUCUCAAAAUGACCCCGCAGCCUACCGCAGGUUCAUCCACAAACAAAUGGAGGAAGGGGCUGAAUUAAUGGCACCGCCUGAGCUCGACUCCAGUCUGUGCACUGAAAUCCUGGAGCCCAACAAAGGGUUGCUGUAUAUCAACAUAUGCAGCUGGAAACGUGUGCCUGCACCUCAGGAUCCCAGCAAGCCACUACCUUUAUGUGCAGGAAAACUGGAAACAGACACAGAUGAAAGUCAAGGCUUAUACACUGUGUUGGAUGUAGCUUUAAACCCUGUAGUGCUAGAGGAAAGUAAGAAAGAUAAAACAGAAGUCUAUAUGCUGGCCCUGAGCUUUGCCCACCAGCAGCUUGGGUUGAGGUUAUCUCAGCAGUACACUGUCAUCAGCUGUAGCCCGAAAAGUAGUUUAGAUGACUUUCACCGCCGCCUUGGGUUUCAGCAGUCCAAGACCUCCAAACAACCCGACACAGCCAGUCAAACCCCAGCUGCCCUCCUGCAGCAGAUCUGCUCUCUACGUUCAGAGAAACAAGACGUGGAGCUGGAAGCCCAAAUUAUCUCUAGACCUGCGGAGCACAAAAAGGAUUUGAUCCAGGUCAUCUCCACCACUUUUGUGCAGCCUCAGAAGCCAGAGUACCAACUUCGGGUGAAAAUUGAUACAGCAGGAGUUCCUCGCAGCGUGGAGCUGACAGUGGAGCUGCCAAAGGUUUGCUCUGUGUCAGAGUGCCAGCUGAGAAUCUCCAAGGACGACGUCUUACUGGAGGUGGAGGAUGUUUACUUUUUGCUUCUGGAGUUUCCAAAAACUGUAAACGAAGACACUGCAUCUGCCAUCUUUAACAAAAAGAAACGAAGGCUUGCAUUGACAGUGGAUGUUUUGUGAUCAUUUGCUUUAAUGGAGAAACAAACGCACACAGAGGUGAUCAGCAAUCUGAAAAACCCAAGCUAACAAUCAAUAAACAGCUGCCCUGUGAACUGACCCCUCCCAAAACCAAAAAUGUUUUUCUGAAACAUAGUUGGUUGAUCUGCAGCAGCAAAUGUAAUUCUUCACCCAAAAAACAUUAAUUGACCUUAAUGACAAUAUGUGGGUUUUGUUUAUUAAUGUGUGGGCGCAUGAGGAGAAGUGUAUAAUGGCUAGGAGCUGGUGUACGGUGUCAUUACCUGAUGCUGGGGGAAUAAUUGACAACAAAAUGAUCCAUGCAAUAAUUCAUGUUUAUUAAAACAUCAGAAUUGAUGCAGAACAACAACAUCAGUAUUUGGCAAUCUGGAACGUGUGAAAAAUGCCAGUCAACACUUUUAUUGAAAGGGUUGCAUACUAUGCACUGAUUGCAGCUUUUUAGAGCACAGCUUAUCACAUAUUAUUUAUUGUAAGUCACAUUACUUUCUUUAUAAUUCAGAGUUUCAGGUUAACAUUACUGACCAUUAAUUGGUAGCCCCACAUAUUAAUCUAUGAGCUGCAAAACAAUGUCUAGUAUGCAUUCCUUCAAAAAAAAAAAAAAAA